ACUUUGCAGGGGAAACUCUAUGCACUUUUCGUAUGUCCAAUAUCUUUUUAAAAACAAGUAAUGGAACUAAGAUAAAUAAUGAGCCAGGAUUGCUUCAGUUAUAUUCCCUCGGUGGGGGAAUAUUUUACAGAAUACAUAUCAGUUCUGAUAGCUUUACUAGUCGUGUUCACGAUUGCACUACUCGGAGUAACAUUCCUGUAUGUGCAAGUUGUUAAAGCAAUAAGAAAGAACUAUAGACAGUACAACUGGCUUUCUCUUAUUCUUUGUAAUGGAAUUUACAUGAUAAUUUUGAUAUUUUCAAUCGUUUCGUUAGUGGUCCCAGUUUUAUCGGAUCGAAUGGACUUGCUUUCGUUCGUAGCUCUCUCGUGGUGUAUUUAUGCGUUUUUCUGGUAUAUCCGCCUAAAUUGUGGUGGAGAUGAAGAACUGCGAAAUAUGUACGAAAUGAAAAGUGGUGAACUUCUUACGGGAGGCAAAAUAAAACGAAAGCUUUUUCGAUACUUUGGCAAAUACUCGGCGAUCAAAUUUUACAUCGUUCAAUUUCCAUUCGUAGCGACGAUUGUUUCGAUAACGGAAAUAGCGUUCUAUUUCGUAAAUGAGGAUCGAUACUACCGAAUUGUAUUCUUUUUCCUGCCCGUAUCGAUUGUAUCAAUCGUUUUAAAGUUUAUAGCUUUCCUUCUUCUCAUACGGUACAUAAAAUCUAGCUAUCCGGAUAGUUUACUAGAGAAAAAAUUUCGCCUUAUUCGAUUGGUCGUGCUGGUAGUGAAAAUUCAAGUUUCUAUUCUUCAAGCAAUAUUUCGACAGUUGCAUUUUGAUUGUGACUCUUACCCAGGACAGGCAUGGUCAAUUUACAACUUUGUCAAACAACCUUUGAUUGUUGCUGAAAUCUCUGUGCUGGCCUAUUUUACAUGGAAAGUAUACCGAAGUGAAUCUAAGAAAUAACAGAAUAUUACAGUAGUAAAUGAGUCCGCCUGAACAUUUUCCUGUUUGUUGCUAACACAUUAAGGACCGCGAAGAAAUCUAUGCCAGGAAACACCCAAAUUCGACCUUCUUUAUCUCAGAAACAUCUAGACU